AUGGCGAAACAGAAGGCUAUUUCCCUCAUCUACGGUGACUGGGAUGAGUCAUACAAUGAGCUCCCUAGGUGGGUGUUGGGAGUCCAGUUAACAAUGCCGGGUACUGUUGCAGUCCUACGCACGAGCCCCGUUCGAGUUGGUGGACAAGUUGACGAGUCUGAAGCCUAUUUUCACAGACUUUUCUGGACAUUUCCACCGUGCAUCGAGGCAUUCCGUCAUUGCAAGCCGCUAGUUAGCAUCGACGGCACACAUCUGUAUGGGAAGUACGGGGGAACGUUGCUCAUCGCGAUUGCACAGGAUGGGAACUCGAACAUUCUACCUGUUGCAUUCGCACUACACGUGACACCGCAGCCGGGAUUGCUGGUUAUCUCCGACAGGUAUAACGGCAUCAAGGUUGCCCUUGAGGCACCUGACGGAGGGUGGUUACCUCCAUCUGCAUACCGUGCAUUCUGGAUUCGACAUGUAGCUGCUAAUUUUUCCCUAACCUUCAAGGGCAAGGACGCACGGAGGCUUCUAGUGAAUGCUGCUUAUGCGAAGACCGAGGUUGAGUUUGAUUAUUGGUUUGAUAUUCUGCGGUCUGAAGACCCAGCGAUGUGUGAGUGGGCGAACCGGAUUGACUACUCCUUGUGGACUCAGCAUCGUGAUGAUGGGCGGCGAUUUGGUCACAUGACGACUAAUAUCUCCGAGUGUGUGAACUCAAUACUCAAGGGUGUCAGAAAUCUCCCUGUAUCCUCCCUGGUUAAGGCAACAUAUGGUAGGCUUGCGGAACUCUUUGUUCGUAAGGGGAGAGAGGCUGCGGCUCAGAUGGGAACCGGACAACAAUUCAGUCAGUACUUGGUGAAGUCUAUUGAGGCCAACAUGAAGACGGCCAGGUGCUUCACGGUGACCUUGUAUGACUGUGAUAACUCGGAGUUCACCGUAGCAGAGACCACUCCUACUGGUUCUUUCUCGUUGGGUACCUACAGAGUAUCGCUUGCAUCCCGGACCUGCGACUGCAGGUACUUCCAGGCGCUUCAUUUCCCGUGCCAGCAUGCACUUGCAUGCUGCGCCUACGCACGGCUUACCUGGUCCUCUUAUGUUCACAGCGUGUAUCAGAUCAGUUCAGUGUUCAGUGUGUACCGGAUGGAAUUCACACCACCGAUACCGGAGGGCUUCUGGCCACCUUACGACGGACCCACGGUGAUUCCGGACCCUGCCAGGAGGCGUGCGAGAGAGGGUCGUCCAAGAUCCACUAGGAUACGGACGAAUAUGGACGAGACAGAUCCGAACCGGCCGAGGAGGUGUGGCCUCUGUCGCCAGUCCGGACACACCCGUCGGAAUUGCCCACAGCUUGGAGGAUCGUCUCACACGGGGGGACACUAG